CUUUCGUGUCGGCUUCACGCACUUUCUCCAGUGACUCGAAGUGUUUGUGAAUUGUGAUUCCCGUUCCAGUAUUAUCAAAGAUGCAUUCAAAGAUAGCAGGCUGGGCGCUGUUGGCGCUUAUCAGUUCGUCCACCAUCCUCCACACGCUGGCGUAUCCGCAACACGUCCCGCUUAUAUCACAGGCUACAAGUAACGUAAGGACACAAAACCCACAAUACUACAGCAAUUCAUUGCCAGUACACCAGCCGGAGCAAAUCGCCCAGGAGCGGAAAUUCGCGGAGAAAUCCAACGCUCUGAAGAAAGUGGCUCUUGAUGACAUCGAUGAAAUACAAAACAACUCCAUCUCGGACGGCGGCUUUUCGUGGUCAAACGUGCUUGGAAUGUUGAUGCAGAUGAUCUUCAACACAGGAGCAACUGGCCCCAACAAGAGCGACAACAUCGACACUGACGCAUCCCCCUCUCCUUGGGCGAACCUGUUCUCUAUGGGACUCAAGAUCCUCACGGCCAUCCUCGGAGGAGGACCUUCAAGCGACGGCAUUGACAAAGUCGACAAUGGCUCGUCCCCCAUGCAGGGUAUUUUGGCUGCGGUACUGUCGACGGUGCUCGGUACGAAAGAUCCCGACCAGGUCGCCUCCAUGGCAAAACAGGCUGGAGAGUUCAUCAACAUCGUAGUGAACCUCUUGGACGCCCUGAAGACGUCGUUCUCCCACCGUUCCCUGGCCGCCAGAUCCAUGGGUCGCAAGGACUCCGUCAGCGACGCAGCCCUCGCUGGCAUCGCCAUGAUGAAGACCUACGUGAGGUCGUUCGGCACUAACGACGACAAAUGUCUGCAGAAAUACGUGUGCGACGCCAACCUCGAGUGUUCUAGCGAUAUCGGCCCUAAGAGCGUCUUCUGUCAACUUGGAACAUACGCAGCAAGCUUCGUGAUGGAGAGGCAAUCGGGCGGUAGUUUCGAAGAGUUCAGCGAGGCAGGCCGCCUCGGCCGCUCCGGCGUCGACUGCCGCCAAAUGUACCUCCAGUGCAACGAAGUCUAAGGGCUAAACCCAUCGCCAAAAUAAAUCCCCUCAUCGACAACACCAACAUUUUACCAAACCAUUGGAGAAAAAUUUCCAACUAGUGAUUUGGGUGAAACGAGUGAGAAAUUAACAUUAGUCAAAAUUUCAGCCUACUAAAUUUCGUUUGCAUCGAAACGAAAUUCAGUAGACAAAUUAUUCCGUAAAGUGCCUUAAUCUGUUAAAGGCAUGCUGUGCUCAAACGUAUCCCAUCGGUCAAGAGCGAGCCGAACCUAGUGUUCUAUUAAUUUAUUUAAAUUAUUUAUUUAUUUAACUUAUUCUAGAAGUUAAUAAGUAGGAAAACAAAUAUUAAAUAUACCCAAAAUAAAUGUUCCCGUCCAGUGAAACGAGCAAAAUUAAUAAAUUGCAAUUUAUUGGCAAUUGUUUUUAUGUUAGGUAAUAAACAAUUAGCAAUACAGCCAGUUCUCGAUAAUUAACGACUGAUGUAAAAAUAAUGCUGUGUGAUAUAAAUACUGUUUGUAUCACCUAAUAGUUAGUAUUGUAUAUUUAAUGUGUGGAAUUGUAUGCCUGAGGACGUCC